CUAGCCGACGGCGCUCAUCUACUGGUACCGCACAGAAGUCGACAACUGGUUUAAAAGGACUCACUCCAGAACAAGAAGCGUUACUACAAGAGGCUUUAGAAAAGUAUAAUCCAGAGGCCGCUGCCAAAGCGAACCAAUUUAAUAGUAGUUCUACCUCAACCCUUAGUAAUCAAAGUGACAUAUCAAUCACUUCUGCUACUACGCCUAUUUCAAAUAACCAGUCAAAUCUUUCAUUAAGGAAGCCAGGCGCCAGAAGACAAAGUAUAUCUAAGGUGACUCGGCAGCCUUUAUUACCACCGCUAAGUGAGAUGCCAACUGGUGUUUCAACAGAAUUACCAAUUUCUACGACUCAACCACAAGCUUUGCCUUCAAAAUAUUCUUUAAACAAUUCAGGACAUCAAUCAUCCAUUUCAUUUCCUCCUCAACGAUCAUUUUUAACACAAAAUCUACAUUCGGCUUCUGGGUCCCUACUCACAAAUACGUUACCUGUCCACCCACGUUUACAAUCUGUUACUACUUCACCACGUCCAGCAUCACCUUCACUUUCGCAAUUCUCAGUUGGCGAUCGAGUCUAUGCUGAAUCAAUGAACAUUACUGGUACAUUAAGGUUUUUGGGUCCAAUAGAUAUCAAACCUGGUACUUGGGCUGGAAUAGAAGUUGAUAUUUCUGGGACAGGUAAAAAUGAUGGAAGUGUCAAUGGUAAAUCAUAUUUUACUUGUCCACCGAAAUCCGGUAUUUUUAUUCUACCUUCCAAGCUUUCCAAAGUUGACAAAGAGCCAGCUAGUUUACCACAAGUAUCGACCUCAAUUAAACCUAGCCCAUCUACUCAUAAAUUGCCACGCCCACCAUCCACUUCCACUAAUUCUAGUGACAAAGAAUCUUCAGGGAUUUCUUCAAUGGACCCUAAAAUUUCAAAAAAUGCACAGAACGCUGCAUUGGCCGCUUCUCGAAUAACUGCCGGAUCACGUGCUUCGAAAUAUAUCGGUGUCACAGCUUCUCAACUUAAACAAAGGACUAAACCUACCAACAUUAUAACUACACCUAUUGUUGAAUCACCAUCUUAUCGCGAUCAGUCUCAGACAACUAAAAAAACUUCAGGUUUGGCUCGUCCAAAUUCAAAUAAUAAUCUAAAAUCUUUAUCUUUAUCCCAAACUUAUGCAAGAAAUCGGCCGAGAAGUAAUUCUGUCUCUUCUAACGGAUCUGCCAUAUCCAAUACAUCUCAAUCAGCCUCCCAGCCAAGAUCAGUAAUUUCACGUUCCCCAAAUCCACCAAAUGAUGCGUUAUCACCUUCUGAUAGUGAUAUGACCGUCAUUGCCCCUAUAAAUGAAGAAAUGAGUAAUAAAUCCCUUCAAGAAAAGGUAAAAAAAUUGUUAAAUGAUUCAGAAAAUUCGGAAAAAGUUCCUUUGAGUCUGUUUGAUCAACAGGCUCUUCGGAUUCAACAAUUACAAAUGAAAAUUGAAAUAUUAGAGGGAGAAAAUACACGUUUUAAGCUUGAUGACAAGAAACUUCAAACUCAAGCUGAUACUGGAAAAUCCUACGAACGAGGCUUUCCUGGUCUUCACACAGGGUUAGCUCACGGUGAUGUAAAAGAAAAUUGGGAAACUGAGAAAAUUUCUCUUUUGGAAGAAAAAGAAUCCAUAGAAAAGGCAUUAAAUGAAAAGAUAUUAGAAUUGACCAAGAAACUUCAAGAUACUUCAAAAGUACAAAAUUUCAGACCAAGUACUUCUCUUUCACAGAUUGCAGACGAUGAUCUUAUGAGUGAUAAAAUUUUGCAGCUGACCGAGUUAGUUGAGCAAAAAGAUGAGCAGAUUAAAUCGCUUGAAGAGUCGCUCAACAAAGUGACUAAACAAUCAAAUGAAUAUCAAAUUAAGAUUGCAGAGUUGGAAAAAAUUAACUCGGAACGUGCUGACAAUAUCGAACAGCUUGCAACCCUUGGAUCUCAAAAUUCACAAACGGAAGAUUCUGAUAGAGUUGCUCAGCUUGAAAAAGUUAUUCAAGAAAAAUCUACUGAGAUUGUUCAAUUAACGGGAAAUGUUGAAAGUAUUCAGAUUGAAUCUGAUGGAAAAAUGCGUGCUCUUCAAGAGACCAUCGAUGAGUUAAAAUCUGCAGGCCAAGAAACGAUUAAUAUCUAUGAAUUAAAAGUUUCAUCGCUCGAACAACAAGUUGAGGACUUAAAAAAGGCUGGUGUAGAAACAAUAUCGUUAUACGAGGAGGCAACAAAUAGAAUUACAGAGCGCGAAACUAAAAUUAAUUUAUUGGAAAAAGAAGCCGAAGAAUUACGAUCUGCAGGUGUGGAGGCUAUUGAUGUAUACGAAAAGACAAUCGAAGAGACUAAAAGAGAGAUGGAGAAUUUCAAAACUCAAUUGACCAGAAAAGAAGAGGCACUCACUACAGUCAACAAAGAAAUAGAGAGACUUAAAUUACUGCAAAAGGAGUUGACAGAAACAAAAACAAAGAGAGAAGAAGGUCUUAGAAAUGAAUUGGCUGAUUUACAAACUGGUUUAGAACAUAUGAUGCGUGCAGACGCCAAAUCUCGUGAGCGCAUUUAUCAACUCGAGGAUGAGGUUCGAGACUCUCAAGCUCUUGUUAGUAGACAACAAGAAGAAAUUUCUGCUCUCAAAAAUAACAUGCAAAAUCUUAUGGCCGCAAAUACUGACGAAGAAAUAGAAAAGGUUAAAAAAGUCUUUGAUAGCGACAUCAAGAGGCUUCAACAUGAAUUGGAAGAGUCAAGAAAAUUAUUAUCUGAUACACAAUCAGAAAAGAGAACACUUGUUGGAGAAUUAGAUAUUGUUAAAGAUGAAAAGAAACUGCUAGAGAAGAAAUUACAAGAUAGCGAAAAGGAGAGACAUGACAUUAUAUUCGAAAUGGAUAU